AUGGCGGCCCUCGACAUCCGCUCGCUGCUCCAGACAGACCAGCCACUGGACCCCGAGACUGAAGCAUUUCGACAAUACAAGAGAGCCUGCCAGCUGCACCCGGGGGAUAUCCCACACAGGAACGAAGAUGAGACCGUCCUGGCAUACUACGGCAAAGCCUCGGUGCACGCCUUUGCCCGCGUGGCAGAGUUUAUCGCGCUGCUCACGGACGAGCAGAACCUGCAGUCGACGGGCUACAACCUGGUGGAUCAGGCGCUGUGCGAAAGAAAGCAGGGAAUGGGCAUCCUCGAGGUAGCAACGAAGCAGCGCAAAACACUCAGGCAAAUCAGCGAAACCGUGCUCAAGGCCCAGCGGGAGAUACGAGACAUUCUGGUGCAAGCCGAGGAACACGCUCACCCCGAACCCACGCGGCAGCCCGUGGCCCCAGAUUCCUGCUCCAGGUCGUCCGUCUCCAUCUCCACAGGCGUCUCGGGGUUCUCGACGGGGCCGUUUUCCGCGGCCGCAUCACAGUCGUCCGUCGGGACGUCUCUCGCCCGCGGGGACACGACACGCAGCGAACACGCCCGAAGCGACAGGCGGUCGCUCACCCCCGGCUCACCAGGGUACGAUGAUGACUACGACGGCGACGACUACGAGAUGUCGGGCAUGCACGACGGGCUCUCGAUGGACGACGAGGUUGCGCGCGCAGACAAGAUCGACAUGGAGCAGCUGAAGCACAGGGGCAAGGGCCACUACAUCUGCCCGGAAUGGCGUUCGUGCCAGAAAGGGGGCAAGAAGGAGGACGGAGGCCCGCGGUAUUUCACACGCAACUGCAUGUUCAGGUAUGGCGGAGUCCGUCACAACUCGAGGUAUCAUCGCUGA